UGUCCCUGGGACACAGCAGAUCACCGAUCACGGAAAGACCUGAAGAUGGGACAUGUACACUGGUCAUUAGGGCACUGAUGAUCACUGUACCCUGAUGAUCAGAGUAGCCCCAGCAGUGCCACCUGUCAGUGUCCAUCAGUGCCUUGUGUCAGUGCCCAUCAGUUCCACAUCAAUGCCAUAUAUCAGUGCAUAUCAGUGCCCAUCUGAGCUGCCUUUCAGUGUCACCCAUCAGUGCCAGUCAGUGCCACCUAUCAAUGCCAAUCAGUGCCACCUAUCAGUGCUGCCAAUCAGUGCCGCCAAUCAGUGCCUGUCAGUGCCGCCUAUCAGUGCCAGUCAG